AUGGACGUCGUUGUCCACGUAUAUUCGAACACCCCGAACAAGAGGCGGGCUAGGUCUUCGCUGCUGUUCCAAGCACCUGCGUUCCCGAGACCCCCUCCUUCCACGCCAGCCCCGGGGCCACCUCCUGCGGCAAGACCGCCUCCGGCUUAUCAGCCACCAUUCCCUCCUUCGAGGCCUGGGCAGCGGCCUCUGCCCCCACCGCCGGUGCCGAGGCCACCGGUGUCCGGCUUGCCUCCGGCAUAUCCACCGCCUCCUUCCCUGAGACCCGUUCCUCCGCCCACACGGCCACCACCCACAGUAUCCAGGCCACCUCCGCCACCUGCUAGGCCUCCCCCUCCGCCUCCGCCGCGGCCCAUUCCUCCUCCUCCCUCUCGAAGGCCGUCGCCGCCUCCAUCCCGAGUCCAACGACCCCCUGUAGCGUACCUACCUCCGGACGAAAGCCCCGACUACCCACCCUUUGAGGGACCACCCUCUCGACCACCUCCUCCAAGGCGCCCGUAGGUCCCACAUCUCUUAUAAUUGUGGACAUCACAAAGCGAGCUAAAUGUCCACGAGCCACAACUCUCUUCGAGAAAAAAAAAGGACAAAUCGGAAGUGGUUGUGACAGGGAAGAAGACGAAGCAAGGUCCAGGGUCUCACUGCUUAUAACUCUCUUACGCGAAGAAAUUGAAUGCCAUAUCAAGAGGUGAACGAAAUCGCCCCGCAUUUAUGAAACGCUGCAGGCGCCUUUUGUUGCAUCAACGCGACCUAAAAGCGACACUUUCUUGCACAUUGUCCGCGAGGGAAAUUGUUAGA